CGACCAAUACAAUACUAGGCAAUAGCCUAAAACCGUCCUAGGUAGGUAUCCGACACUGUCCGAUGUUCCGCCAGGGGUGGAGUGUCUGCUCACUGCAGUCCCAUAAUUCUAAUAAAACCACGGCCACCGCGUGAAUUUCAUCUUAUUCCUAUGAACUACCCGAUUGUCAGGAGAUAGGACAAAUAGUUUGCAUAGCUUCCCCGACAUCAAAGUCUUCCAGCUUCCCCUUGAGGUGUGCCCUGUUGCGGUCCGCUGUUGGUCUAUGUGCGCGAGCAAGAGUGACCCUUCCGUCCCGUCGGUGGGUGGCGAAAAGUGUGAAUGCCUCCCGCCAUGUACCACAUUGACCACGCGUCGUCACAGCAGGUAGCUAGUCAGGCCAAUACCUGCACAGUGGGGGAGCGUCACCAACAGCAUUCUCUAGACCUGCACGUCAUGCCGUCGUCUGCCAGUGGUAGUAGUGGUUAUCGCUGUGCCGAGCAGUCCCUACUUCACCACAGUGCUGAUGGUUAUGCGACUGGUCGGCACCAACAGCAACAACUACAGCAUCAAAGCUGUUUCCUUACUCCAGGCGACAUGACUAACUCUGUGGGACAAGCCACAGGUGUUGGAGAUGCUCAAAGCAGCAGACCGUCAGAUGGUGCAAGCACCUUGAGCCCAAAGCAAGAACUCACAAUGUCGCCCAUCAGCCUUGACGACCAGGAUUCGUCUAGAACCCAAUUGGUCUUAUCUGGUUUGGGCGGCGCGGCCGCUGACGAGGGUCCUGGUGAUCAGGAAGCGGUUGCAGACAGUACGACUAUGACUGGAUGCAGCGACGAGGCUAACUCUGAUGCAGCGUCGCCAGACCACCCCACCAAACCACAGUUCUCCUACAACGCCAUGAUCGUAAUGGCAAUACGCCAAUCUCAUAACAAGAAGAUCAGCCUACGUGGUAUCUAUGAUUUCAUCACUGGAAACUUCCCCUACUAUCGGCACAAACAAGGAUGGAAAAACAGCAUUCGACACAACCUAUCACUGAAUAAAUGCUUUGUCAAAGUUCCACGCCAGUAUGCUGACCCAGGCAAAGGAAACUACUGGAUGGUUGAUCCCCAUUAUGAAAACAUGGAGAUUGGUAGCACAUCAGGCAAAUUGUGCCGUAGACCGACCACAAGAAGAUCAUCUAUGCCCUCGUUGGGUUCGGAUGGUUCGUUAGAAUCACAGAGAGGUAGUUCGACAGUGCCGUAUUGUGCCCCCUGGCCAGUGCAGUAUAGAUCCUCCUGGCCAACUCCGCCGCCGCCCAACAGGACUACCUGCUUCCAUCCCUCCACCCCGCUCUCGCCCAGCUCCACCUCCUACCUGGGAUCCGAUAUGUCAUCAUACCCUACGUCACCGGUACGACAGCAUACAGCCAUGGUACCUCAGAGCAACAACUACUCCUCAUCAGCUUUGCGUGAUUAUACUGCCAACAGUCAACAGCUACAGCAACGACAACAGCUACCUGUGCAAGUACAUCCUGAGCGACAACAGCAUCACCACCACCACCACCCACAACAACAACAGCAACAACAAUACCACCACCACCAGCCGUCGCCACAGCAACAGGUCCCUACGUCUCAGCAGGCGGCAAUUGUUGCUGUACCGGGUCCGGGGCAAUGCGGCACAUUGGCAUCUCCAAGGCUUGGCCAGCCCACGACUGGUUUUGCAAACUAUCGAGCUGUGUACUCGACGUUCUUCCCGACCGCCGCUUGCAUAUCGUACCAUGUCGGUACUACGCCUGGAUCCUCUGCUCCUCCCGUUUACCCAGUUCUUGCCCAAGUACCAAACCCCAACUCCGCUUGAUCUCUGCCUCAGUGAAAGCAUUGUGGGCAGAAUCACGUUGAUCAUAGCAAGGAUCUCCAAUAGCCAGUCGAACACUUGGACGUACAUGGACUAAUGAUAAUUAUUAUGAGUAUAACAACGCUCCUUGUGGCUACAUACUCAGCCAGUAAUUACUUAUGUGCUAUUCUAAGACAAUCACCAAGUAAUACAAUGACUAAUUUCAAAUGUCAGAAUACAAUGGACUCCGAUAAACAGUAACUAAGUCUAACAUUGUUUCAGUAAGGGCAUGCCAGAAGCGUACCCCUUAUAACGCUUAUGAUCUAGGGUCAUACUUUUCCUUCCCUAUAAUCGUUUUUAUGUUCUACAUUUUCUAAACUAAAGGUACUAUUUUAACAACAGGGCCAGGUCCUACAAAUUUACCCGCUUGCAAUUUUUUGCAGUGUUCCUUUCUAAGCAUGCUGUAAGGUUAACACGAUUCUAUGUACUUGUACUUGUACGAUCAGCUCUCUUACUCUAAUCAGAUACAUCUACAUGUCAAAACGUGUUGCUUGUGUAAUUAAUUCGUAGCAGAUAAAAUUGUCUCUAAUUAUUGUCAAGAUACAUCAUGUACACAUCGCCUAUUCUGGGGGAUGAAUGCCUUCAACUACCAUUCGUACAUUUAUCAUCAAUACCUCGAAUUCACAUCGUGCUUUUGAUAU